AUGUCGAAUGAUGGGUGUGCCGCUGUUGCGGCAGCCGAUGAUAACGAUGAUGAGUUCGAUGUAUCGAACGAUUACGAGACCAUGGUGAUCAAGGAUAUCCUGGACGAGUGGGUUCGGGGCAAAGACGAGGGGAAGAAGCACAGCCGUGCUGGGGGGCAUGAACUCUUGGAGCCCUUCCAAUUCAUAUCAGAUGCUGCCGUGGAGGUUGCUUUCGAGGCGAUCGCUCCACUGCUUGCAUCUUUCGGGUGCAGUCAGCCCCCUCUGGGAAAGUACAAGGACGGUUUCGAAUGGAUUCUGAAAGAGCACGAUAUCAUGGGCAAAGAUGUGAAGAAAAAGGAAAGCCAGGAUAUGGCAGCGGCUCCAAUCGAAGCUGAGGACCAGGAUAUGGCAGAGACUCCAGCCGAAGCUGGGGACCAGGAUAUGGCAGAGGCUCCAACCGAAGCUGGGGACCAGGAUAUGGCAGAGGCUCCAGCCGAACCCGGGGACCAGGAUAUGGCAGAGGCUCCAGCUGAGGCAGUGGAGAAGAGCUACCCACCGGGUGCGAUUCAGCUAUCCACAGAUGCAGACAGCCAGAUCGUUGAGGAGCAGGAGGAAGAGCAUUUUCAGUAUCAGACCGAACACGAGGUGCCAGCCACCCAGCCCGAUCCCCCAUCAGCCGAGAAGCCGAAGCCCGAGAAGGACAAUUCUGGGAUAGAUCCGAAAGACUCCGAGGACUCCCACGGCGAUCGAACGAGCGACAAGGACUUCAUGGCUGAAAAAGUGUUGGAGGAAGCAGGCGGUGAGGAUGAUGCUGCUUUGUCCGAGCUGCAGUCCAAACUGCGAGCAGCUGCUAAGGCGAAGGCAACUGUUGAGCAUGCGGAAAAGAAGACUCGAGGACGUGGCCGUGGAGGCGGCGGUCGUGGAGGCGGCCGUGGAAGGAGUGGCGCCGCAUUGAAGCGGCCAGCAGCUGCAAAGCGGAAGGUCGACGAGGUGGACGAGGUUGGGCCGGAGACGGAAGUGGUCGAGGCCUCCGCCGGGAUGGCGCAAAGCAAGGAGGAGGAUAUCGAUGCUGAAGCCAAGCCCGAGAAGAAAGCAAAGAAAGGCGAGCAGGAAGCAGACGGGAAUGAUGAUAAAGGCAAGAACGACAAGAAAAACAAGAAAGACCGGACAGCCGAGGAGAAGGAGGUGCUGGACAGCAUCCCGGAGCUUGAGAACUACAGAGCUGAGUCUUUGGAAGAGGGCAAGGAAAUGGCGGUGGUGGAAGAUGCCUUCGAGCAGGACAAAAUGGCUUUGGCAAAAUUGACGGCCCAGCGCCGGGCCGAAAAGGCCGUGAAGUAG